UCGACAGAACUGAAAAUGGCGGAAAGCAGCGCGGAAAUCACAUUCAAAAAUGAGACGGUAAGCAAACUCCUGUCAAGCUUCUUCAAGGAGGAGAAAACUAAAGUCGGUGCCGAUGCUGUCAUCCUUAUGGCAGAGAUGCUACAUGUGUUUGUUCAAGGAAUACAGACCCUGACUCUUUGUUGCUCAGAAGCUGCACAAAGAACGAUAAAACAGGCUGAGGCAGAGGACUGUGACAGAUUGGACAUAGAACACUUUGAGAAGAUCCUGCCUCAACUGCUGUUGGAUUUCUAGUAUGACUUCAGGCCAGAAGAUGGAGCCAGAGAGCUAUCCAGUCGUCCAUUCAGAAUUUGAGAGAUUGACCAACUCUUGGAGGACAAUGGAAGUAAAGAAAAAGGCUUCUGUUUUGUUUGUAAAAGUAAAUAAGCACUUUUAUUUACUUCCAUUGUCCUCCAAGAGUGGUUGAAUCUCCUCUACUUCUUAAUUCAUGCUUGGAGAUGGUUGGAGAGAGGUAGGAGCGGUGCUCUCUUCCCCCAGUCCUCCAUUCAGCCCAUUUAGGAUAUUAUAUUGUAAUUAUUUGAGUUACAUUGCACACGGUCUCUAAUGAACUCUGUACAUUUUGCCUCCGUUUGUUGUUUGAAAUGAUUUGAAACCAUUGCUAACUCAUAAAAGUUGUUGCAUGCUGUAAAUGUUUUUUACAUCAGUCUGUGACACCUAUUUUCUUGGGGAGACAUGUAUUGAAAACCUAAAAGUGCUUUAUUCUAGUCAGUUGUGUGACAGGAAUUCCCAUCUAGUACUCCAGCAGCACUGGGGGAGGAUCUGGUGUUUGACAAUAAAACAUAUACAGUGACCUUAUUGGGACAGCACUUUGGAUUUGAAAUGAUACAAUGACUGAGGUUAAGGUGCAGACGGGCCGCUUUCAUUUGAAAGUUUUUAAAUUCAUAUCAGGUGAAACGCUUUGAAAUUAAUGUUUUUUUUGUACAUAGUUCCCUCUUUGUUGAGGACCAAAAGUAUUGGGACAAAUUCAGUUGUGUAUUAAAGUAGUCAAAAGUUGAGUAUUUUGUCCUAUAUUCCUAGCACGCAAUGAUUACAUCAAGCUUGUGACUCAACAAACUUGUAGGAUGCAUUUGCUGUUCGUAUUGGUUGUGUUUCAGAUUCAUUUUGUGCCCAAUAGAAGUGAAUGGUAAAUAAUGUAUUGUGUCAACUUGGAGUCACUUUUAUUGUAAAUAAGAGUAGAAUGUUUCUAAACACUUCUCCAUUAAUAUGGAUGCUACCAGGAUUAUGGAUGGUCCUGAAUGAAUCGUGAGUAAUGAUGAGGUUAAAGUGCAGACUGUCAGCUUUAAUUUGAGGGUAUUUUCAACGUUAAUGUGGAGGAUACCAUGAUUACGGAUAGUCCUGAAUUAAUCGUGAAUAAUGAUUGGUGAGAAAGUUAGAUGCAGAAAUAUCAUAACCCUAAGAAAUGCUAACAAUAAUAAUACGACACCGUUACAAUAAUGUCAGGUUAGCAUUUUUUGGGAGGUUAUGAUAUUUGUGCAGCUUUCUCACCAAUCAUUAUUCAUGAUUUAUUCAGGACUAUCUGUAAUCAUGGUA